AUGCCUGUGCUGGAUCGUCUUCCCAAGAUGCUCGACUCAUGCGAUCUGGCGUUGACGGGCGACGAGCUGACCUCGUUCGGGCAUACCAUUCUAACUGACGUGCCUGAGAACGUGACCGUCACGCCAAUGGACGGACCCAUCGGCUGCUCCGGCGUUUUUCUCGGAGCUCGGUUCGACUCCGCUAAGAGUCGCCACGUCUUUCCGAUUGGAACUCUCAGAAACCUUCGGUUCUUGUGCUGCUAUCGCUUCAAGCUGUGGUGGAUGACUCAACGAGUUGGCAGCAACGGAAAAGAUGUACCUAACGAGACACAGUUUUUGCUCUUGGAGUCUGAUCGUGAUAGUCAAUCUCCGAACGAGCCAGUUUACGUUGUGAUGCUCCCUCUCGUUGAUGGAUCUUUCCGAGCAGCCAUUCAGGGCUCAUCGGAUAAUAUGCUUGAAGUCUGCAAGCGGUCUCUCGAGAAGCACUCAGGGAACUUCCAGCACAGGGAGAAGAAGACUCUUCCAGGAUUCGUUGACUACUUUGGAUGGUGCACGUGGGAUGCCUUUUACACUGACGUUGACAAAGCUGGAAUUCGCAAAGGACUGGCCAGUCUUGCAGAGGGGGGAGUACCAGCAAAAUUCCUGAUUAUUGACGAUGGCUGGCAAGCGGUCGCCGCUGAUUUUCAUGCAAAGGCGACUCUGACCCCUGAGACACAGCAUUUCAGCAGGCUUGUGGAUGUUAAACCCAAUGAGAAAUUUCAUUGCGAGGAUGAACAGGAGGCUUGUGCCAACGGCCGUGGAAACCUCAAAGGGCUGGUUACAUCAGCAAAAGAAGAUUAUGGCCUAAAAUACGUCUACGUCUGGCAUGCGCUCAUGGGAUAUUGGGGAGGCGUCAACCCAACUGCUGCUUCCACGCAGAAGUUCCUGGCGGCUCUCAAAUACCCUGACUUCUCCCCUUCUGUCCUGGACAAGCCUGACACUGUGCUGGACCUGAUAACCAAGCAUGGUUUGGGGGUGAUAGGUCCAUCCAAGAUCCACGAGUUUUACGAUGAGAUGCACAGUUACCUGGCAGCAUGCGGCGUGGAUGGAGUGAAGGUGGAUGUUCAGAGUAUGUUGGAGCUGGUUGGUGGAGGACAUGGAGGAAGGGUCGAAAUAGCAAGGGCUUACCACACAGCUCUGGAGGCAUCAGUGGCCAAGAAUUUCAAGGAGAACGGUGUGAUUGCGUGCAUGAGCCAUAACACUGAUGGCAUUUACAUGACCCAGCGGACAGCAGUAGUCCGAGCUUCUGACGACUUUUGGCCUAAUGAUCCUGCAUCGCACACGAUUCACCUGCUUGCGGUGGCAUACAACAGCAUGUUUUUGGGAGAGUUCAUGCAGCCUGAUUGGGACAUGUUCCAUUCUCUCCAUCCAGCAGCUGAGUUCCAUGCUGCUGCGCGAGCUGUUGGAGGCUGCCCUGUCUAUGUCAGUGACAAGCCUGGCCAGCACAACUUCGAGGUGUUGAGAAAGCUGGUCCUCCAUGAUGGGUCCAUUCUUCGAGCCAGGCUCCCUGGGAGGCCCACCAGGGAUUGCCUGUUUGUGGAUACAGCACGAGAUGGUCGAAGCCUGCUGAAGGUCUGGAACAUCAACUCUUGCAAUGGAGUCCUUGGAGCAUUUAAUUGCCAGGGUGCGGCCUGGUGCAAAGACUCACGCAAGUACAAGUUUCAUGAUUCCGAGACCAAGGAGCUUGCAGGAACCAUCUGUGCUGCCGACAUAGAAGGGCUGGAAGAACUUGCUGGGGCUGACUGGGAAGGAGAUGUUGCAAUUUACUCCCACAACUCAGGAGAACUUGUUGAUCUUCCUCGGGGAGCGUCCCUCGUCACUAUGCUCAAGCGACUGGAGUUUGAAAUCUUUCCGUAUCUCCCAUCCAGAGGGCUGGGCAUGUUAAGUGUGCUCCUAUUGGUCUGGCUGACAUGUACAACAGUGGAGGAGCUGUGUUGUCCACAUCCACACACCAGAAGAACUUCCCAGCUGUCACCAGUGCUCUCCACUGGAUGA